UCUCUCUCUCUCUCUCUGUAAGUAUGAAUUUGUAAUUCUUGCAAUGAAUGACCAGAUUAGGUCAGAAUAUAUAUCAUUACUAAGGUGGGAUAACAUCAUUUGUAUCUUAAGGAAAAAACUUUGUUAAUGCAACCAGUAUAAAUAGUAGUGUACAUGUAUUUUCUUUAGUUCAAUAACCAUUCCAUCAAAUAUUUACAUAGAUGUUUCAAUAAUAUAAUAAUCAAGCUUACCAUUAACUUUAGGUAUUAGGUAUCACCAUCAAGGUCAUGGUUGUGUACAUCACACAAACGUUACCCAACAUCCACUCGAGUUAGAAACUGUUUUCUACCAUACAUGACCAUAUACUUCAGAAAAAAACAGUAUUUGCUUAUACAAUAUUAAUAAUAAUAAUAACAAAAGUAAUAAUUGUUAGUAUAACAAUUAUAAUAAUAAUAAUAAUAAUAUUAUUAUUAUUAUUAUUAUUAUUAUUAUUAUUAUUAUUAUUAUUGUUAUUAUUUUUAUUUAUUUUUUUUCUCUUAUUAUUAUUACUAUUAUUGAUAUUGCUAUUACUAUUUUUUUUUAUUUUAACAGUAAUGAUAACAAUUACGGAUUAUGAUAUUACAAAUAUCACCUUUAUUAUAAUGAUAAUAAUAAUAAUAAUAAUAAUUAUUAUUAUUAUUAUUAUUAUUAUUAAUCAUUAUUAUUGUUAGAGAUGUACCAACGUAUCAGUAUCGGUAUCGGUAGUAUCUGCCCAUUUAAGGAGUAUCGGUAUCGGCUUAUUUUCUGCCGAUACUAUCGAUACUUAGAAAUAGGAAUUUAUUAUGUCAUGUAUCUCAAUUUGCAAGAUAUUCUGUUAAGCAAAAUUUGGAUGUUUUAUAGCGAUAAAAAUGGAUUGAUGAUAAUGCUAGAUUAUUUAGUAUGAUACAGCGUAUUGAGUCCAUGGUGCUUAGUAAUAAAAUAUAUUGGUUGGUAAUGAGUCACUUCUAUUACUGUACGUGUACAACACAGGUUGGUAGCGGACUUGGGACCCUGCUACAUGCCUUCCUUCAUCCCUCACCUAAGAGAGAGAGAGAACAAGACCACCCAUAUCUUGCUCACUCGUAUACUGAGGUCAAGACGUGUGGCAGAUAUUGCAGCCAGGGGCAUUUCUAGACCCCCAGGGGGCCCUAGGCCAUUCAGUGUGUGGUCAACAUUCGUGCGUUGUGCACCGAGGUCCUUGGCGCACCUGGCCGGUGACACUGCCGUCCUCAACUCCCUCAUCAGUAACGUGGCCAUGGCAUUGUGAUUUGUGAUUAUCGUCAGGCUGCUGAACUCUGCUGCCAUAACAACACUGCUAGGAAGGGUUGAAAUUGCCACGACCCAGGGAUUCGAUGGACGACCGUACAGUAGAUAAGAUCUUCUCUGGCAGUCUGGAGACUCUGCCGCCUGUCAGCUCCAAGGUGUGCCGCAUCUUUACCUCAUCCACAUUUACAGACAUGCUGAUGGAAAGGAACACCCUGAUGGCAGAAGUGUAUCCCAGGCUGAAGGAGUUUUGCAGGGAGAAACAUGGUCUAGAAUUCCAGGUGGUGGACAUGAGAUGGGGCGUGAGGGACGAGGCAACAGACGAUCACAUGACAACUGAACUCUGCAUGAGGGAAAUUGACAACUGCCAACGACUCUCCAUGGGCCCCAACUUUGUGUUUUUCGGUGGGCAGAAGUACGGUUACAGACCCAUCCCUUCCGUGAUCCUCGGGUCUGAACUGCUUAUGUUGCGGGAGGCUCUCAUCAACAUGGGCGUGGACACCAUUCUCAUCGACACCUGGUACAAGAAAGACUCCAACGCUGUGCCAUUCGUCUAUAUCUUACAGCCUAUUUCCUCUAUUCUCGUCAACUUCAACAAUAAGCGCGUGCCCAAGUUGCAGGCUCAAGAUCAGGCGACGUGGUGGGAUACGCUGGUGAAGAUGCAGAAGCUCCUGAGAAAGGCGGCACAGGCAUGCUACAACACACACAAGAUGGACAAGGAGGCCAUGCACAACUAUUUCAUGUCCGUGACGGAGCGUGAGGUCAUCAAGGGCAUCCUGGCGGUAAAGAACACCAAGAAUCACGCCCUUGCCCUCGUCCGCUACAUCAACAACAUUAAUCUGCAAAACCUUCGUCGAGCCGCGAACUUCAUCGAUAUUGUUAACAGACAGAUAGACGGGGAGGCCAUGAAGCUGCUUUCCGAUCUGAGGGACGUGAGAUUACCUGCAAGGAUUGAAAGUACUAAUUAUGACAGAUAUACUGUGGAGUGGAUAGGGCGCGAGGGCCUGGCCAAAGAGACGCAUGGGGAGUACCUGCAACAGUUUUGUACCGACUUCUACAAGGGCAUGACCAAAUUGAUUGACCGCGCCAUGAGAAAGGAGGACUCGUCAGCCCAAGGCCAGAUCAUAACCGAGAUCCUCCAGCACCUUCACGCCUGCAAGAACUCAGUCACGGUGUUCUAUGGGCGGGAAGAGGAGGUGAAGAAGGUGGAGCACUACAUCAAGGGCCCCUCGGUGAAUCCUCUACUGCUGCACGGGGCGGGAGGCUGCGGGAAGACCUCACUCCUCGCCAAGUGUGCCUCCAGCUGCGUGGAGUGGCUGUCACAUACCAAGCCUAUCCUGGUGAUACGGUUCGUGGGCACCUCUCCAGAGUCCACAGCCCUCACGCCCCUGCUCACUUCUAUCUGUCACCAAAUAUCUUACAACUACAUGCUGCCUUUCGAGGACAUCCCUGACGACCUGGUUCCUCUCACCGCACACCUGAAGGAGCUCCUGAACUGCGCCACGCCACAAAUGCCGCUGCUCAUUUUUCUGGACAGUGUGGACCAGGUGACAGGGGCGACGGAUGCCAACAGGAUGUCUUGGAUACCCACUCGCCUCCCACCUAAUGUCAAGAUCGUGGUGUCGUGCGUGUCAGAGGAGGGGGACCCGGAGCUGUCCAAGGACUACAUCUUGCUAAGGCGGAUGAUUGACAACGUGGACAACUUUCUGGAGGUGACAGCACUGGGUGAGGACCUCGCCAUGGACAUUAUCAAGAAGUGGAUGCACACAGCCAAAAGGGAUCUCAACAACUACCAGUGGCGUGUUGUCAGCAAUGCCAUCUCUCGUUGCUCGCUGCCCAUUUUCGUCAAGCUAGUCUUUGCUGAGAUUUGCCGGUGGAAGAGCUACAGCAAGCCCCAGGACACCUACCUCGCCUCCAACGUCAUGGACUCCAUCAUGAUGCUUUUCUCCAAGGUGGAAGUCAAGCACGGUCGCCUGCUGGUGUCACACGCCCUUGCCUACAUCACCGCCAGUAAGAAUGGUCUCUCUGAGUCUGAGUUGGAGGAUCUGAUCUCCCUCGACGACAAGGUGUUAGAUGACGUAUACCAAUACCACAUGCCUCCAGUGAGACGCAUCCCGCCCCUCCUCUGGACCAGGAUCAGGAAUGACCUUCCCAACUACCUAUCAGACUGCGAGGCUGAUGGGGUAUCCGUGCUGAAUUGGUAUCACAGGCAAUUCAACGAAGCUGCACGAAAGCGUUACUUCACCAACCAGAAUCAAGCCAUGUACUUCUACUCGAUGAUCGCCGACUAUUUCCUGGGUAUGUGGGGCGGAGGAGUGCCCAAGCCCUUCAAGUACACUGAAAUCCAGCGACACAGAUUCAACCUCAAGAGCAAGGAGGGUUUGGCGGACAGGAAGGUGCCUGCUCAACCCCUAGUCUACUACAACAAGGAGGGCAAGAUUACGCGCUACAAUCUGAGGAAGUUUGGAGAGCUGCCCUUCCACCUGGUGCGGGCGCGUCGCUUUGAGGACCUGUACAAACACGUGCUCUUCAACUACCAGUGGCUACACGCAAAGCUGAGUUCGUGUCCCCUGCAGGCUGUACUCUCGGACUUCGAGGACGCGUCAGCACAUAUCGAUGAUCGGGAUCAAAUCAGAGAACUGAUGCUGGUGGCAGACGCGCUGAGACUGGGCGGCGCCAUUCUCUCUCAGUACCCGGAUAUGUUGGCGCCUCAGCUGAUCGGCCGCCUUCUCCCGGAGAUGGACGCAAACCCGCAUGUCAAGAGUCUACUGGAGCAGUGCGACGCUGAGGGCAUCGAGCACUGCGGCCUGGUGCCCUCCUACCACUGUAGCCACACGCCUGGCGGGCCCCUUAAGUAUUCGCUGGAGGGUCACCAGUUCGCAGUAUUUGGUUUCCGGCUGACCCAAGACUUACGUUAUAUCGUCAGUGUAUCUAACAAAUUCAUUACGUGGGAUCUCUCCACCUCUGACCUUACCCGCGAGGUCAUCCCAGGAAUCGAGGGCAUCAUGCAGGACCUGGUACUCUCCCCAGACAACAAGUACUCCAUCGCCCACACUAACAACAGCCAGACGGUGCUGCUCAAUAUGCUUACUAGCGAGUUCUUCCUGCUGGAAAACCCAAUGCCGGGAGAGAAAGUGAUAGGAACGCUGCUGUCAGACACUUGUGCCCUCAUCCACGGAGAGAAGUCCUGGGUUCUAUAUACUCUGCGAGGCGAGGAACGAGAGCGGGUAUCUUCUCCAGUGGACAAACCCAUCCUCUUCAUGGAUUUCGUGAGUCCCACUGACUACAGCCUCGUUUGCUGGUCGGGGGACUUCGAGAAUAAGAACCUCUUGAUCUACACUAUGGAUGGCGGCCAGGCUUUCCCCAUUGUUGACUUCCACAGCGUCAUGACGAGGACGAAGAACCGUGAGCGUAUGUAUUGCUGCACGCUGGAGCAUGGGCAAGACGUGUGUGCUUUCCGGAGAAACGAGAAGUGCUGGGAGAUGGAAAGCGUGGUGGCGGCCAACGAGCACCGCCUCCUUAUGCUGCACCUCACGGGGGACGAGAUGCACCUCAUUGGCACCUUCAUGCUUGGUUUCCAAGUGUGGGAAGUAGAGAGCGGGAAGGUGUGGACGCUGAGACUUCCCCACGGCAUAAGGAACAUUUCUACCCAGCUCCUCAAGUCCAACUCGUGCGUACUGUCCAAAGGCUACAAGUACGCGGUGGCGGGCGUGAGGAAGAACUUGUACGUGUGGGAGCUGGAGAGCCGGGAGCUGCUGAAGGUGCUGGAUGCUCACUUCGGCCGCAUCAUCGACAUGGUGGCCCUCGUGGUGGGCUCAUGGAACUCAGUCAUUACAUCCUCGCUGGACAGGACCGUCAAGGUGUGGAAUAUCAACAACAUCUUCGAACAAGUGCAUGUGAUCGACCGCCACGAGCUUCAGAUAGACGAUAUAAGCCUGUCCCCGACUCGUCCAUUGGCUGUGACCGUCACCAGGAACUGUGUGGGCAUUUGGAACCUUCGUCUUGGAAAGCUAGUGUGCAAGCUGGCUGACUCGCCUCUCGGAGCCAUCGUCACCCACGCAGGCAUCACAAGGGAGUCCAGGUACAUUGUGUCGACGGAGUCCGGCAACGUGUUGAUCUGGAAUGUACGAGCCGAGGCGGUGGUGUUUAAAGCAGAACAAAAGAACGUGCAACAGUUACUGCUACUCGAUGACGAUACUAAGUUUGUCACGGUGUCCAAGGUGGCGCUGGACACGGGUGAACUCUCCUGCUAUCUAGCCACUCGAUCCAUCCCGACGGGAGCUUUGGUGUACGAGCUGGAGUACCCGAUGCGAGGGUUUCGGCAGAUCGCCGUGACAGCAGAUGGCCUCUUCCUUGUCAUCCCUACCAUUGAAGGCAUCAAGGACGCGUUGCUAGUAUGCCACGCCAAAACCGGCACACUGGUACACAAGAUGCCCCUCAAGUACCCAAGCCUCAAGGACUUUCAUCUGGUGGUUCCUCUGCCUAACAAGCCCACGCAAGUAGCGCUCAUAGACCAAGACAAGGGUAACAUCGUGGACAUCCGCUCCAAGAAAUUCGUCCGAUCCAUUCCUAAGUGGGGAGGCAAGGUAUCGCGGGACGGGCGCUACGGUCUGUAUGCCCCGGCCCGUGGCGGUCUGGAGUUAUUGGAGUUGCGCCAUGGCACUUCUGUCCGCACGCUUAUCCCUCGCGUGGCCGAGGGCGUGUUCUCUGUGAUAUGUCUCUUCACGCGUACGGAUGAGUACGUUCUGUACUACCACGGUGGCCGCAAGACCAUCAGGGUGUUCAGGCUGACGGACGGAAAGAUGAUCGCUAACUACAGAGUUCAGGCCGAACUGACGGCCAUUGCAGGCAGCGAAGACGGGCGCACUAUCGUGCUGGGUACUGUAGAUGGCUGUGUCUCCACCCUCACCAUCGCCGACCCCACGCGGCCCGGCAUUAGGGACUACCUGGCUGACCUGCCCUCCAGGAACCUCAAGAAAUACGAAGAAGAGGAAGCGAAGCAAGGUCUGACUCUACGAAAGGUUGUCACCAUGGUGAUGAUGACCAAUAGACUACAGGGCCCCAGCGGGGACACCACCAACCGCUCCUCCUCCUCCUCCUCCGGUGUGUCCUCAGAGGGAAGCAACAACUAAGGUUCUCGACGAAUUGGGUUCAAAUACACAUUAUGUUUUGCUUUAUUUUGCUAUAAAUUAUCGUUGAUAUUGUGUGUAGAGGGAAUUCCUUGCCUGUGUGGUGCUUCGCCUUCCCCAUCCCUCUUCCCAAGCUCAUGUUAAUUUCAUUACUUAUAUAUUUAUUUACUUAUUUAUUUAUUUGUGUGUGUAGAAUGUGCGCAGUCAAAGCCUUACAGAAAACAGGUAGCAAAUGACCAUAACAUUUUUGUUUGUGUCAGUACAGAAAAGGUACAGGUAACACAGCAAUUUAGUUGAAAAGUGCUACUUUUAAAACAUACAUGACAACUCAAAGGACCGUCAUCCGCUCAACACUCAGUUGACAUCUAGGCACCAAAGUGAUAAGUCUCGCCAAUCACUCAGUUAACAGUCCAAGUGUCUAUUUUUAUUUCAGUGAAGGUAUCUUUCACAUUCAGUAUAACAUUGAGUAUUCAUGUGAUGACGUUCAUGACUCGAUAUUCAUUUUGUGAAGGGAAUACAACAGACGACAGUACCAUCCAGAUGACGAAACAAAUCCUCACCAUCAGAACAACAAUACAAAUAUAUAAAGGGGCAAGACUUAAGGAACAAAGCACAACUCUCCAUCAUUUACAAAUAAUAUCGUAUUAUCUACACUACAGGGAAGUUUACAGCAGCAGGGACAGCAGCGGGUGAGUUGCCAUAUAUGUUUAAAACUUGGCACUUUUCAACUACUUUAUAUUAUUUGAUUUGUCAUAGGGUACCUGUUUCAUGUAAAGCUUUCACUGUGUACACUGUACACAAAGAGGGUGACUUAGUGCCUCUCAGCAUAUAUAUAUAUAUAUAUAUAUAUAUAUAUA